AUGAGGCACCUCUUUGAUAUUGAUAUUCCUGGGAAGAUUACAUUUAUGGAACCCAAGACCCUUACUGCUGGGGCGACUCCUACUAUUGUGGACACAGAUGUUGGGCGAAUUGGUAUAGGCAUUUGUUAUGACAUUCGCUUUCCAGAAUUGGCAAUGAUAUAUGCCUCAAGAGGUGCUCACUUGCUAUGCUAUCCUGGAGCAUUUAACAUGACAACCGGACCAUUGCAUUGGGAGUUGUUGCAGAGAGCAAGGGCUGUGGAUAAUCAGUUAUAUGUUGCAACUUGUUCACCUGCUCGAGAUGCUGGAGCCGGUUACAUAGCUUGGGGUCACUCAACCCUUGUAGGACCUUUUGGAGAAGUCCUAGCCACAACUGAACAUGAUGAGGACAUAAUUAUAGCAGAGAUUGAUUAUUCAAUACUUGAGCAACGAAGGAUGAAUCUCCCUUUGACAAAGCAACGGCGUGGUGAUCUCUAUCAGUUGGUAGAUAUUCAGCGGCAAAAUGCUGGUUGAUUCGAGAAGAGAACCAUGUAAAGAGCAGUGGUUAAUGGUGAGAAUUUUCUUUUAGAAAGGUUGCACUCU